UCACACGAUGAAGAAAGCGACCGAGUCGCGCGAAAAUCUCGUCAACUCGGCGGUUUCGCUCGAGGAUGGCACGACCGAACCGGUGGACGAUCAUCCUUCAACGGUGCGCUCGAUGAAGAGCGCCACGUCCGAGUUUGACCUCGAUGUGCAGGAUAUAGUGCUGACGAAAACCGAAAAGCGCUUCCUGCUCACCGCGGAACGGGGUGAUUGCGCAACUGUAAGAAGAAUCAUCCAAGAAAAUAGGGAACAGCCGGAAGAGUUCGACAUUAACUGUGUGGACCCGCUCAACCGUUCCGCCCUGAUAGCGGCCAUCGAAAACGAAAACAUCGAGCUGAUAAAUCUGCUGCUGCGUGAAGGUAUCAAAGUCAAGGAUGCACUGCUGCACGCCAUCAAGGAGGAGUACGUCGAGGCGGUGGAAACGUUGCUGCUGUGGGAAGAGGAAAACCAUAUACCGGGCGAACCCUACAGCUGGGAAGCGGUUGACCGGUCCUCGUCGUCGUUUACCGCCGACAUUACGCCUCUCAUACUGGCAGCUCAUAAAAAUAAUUACGAAAUUCUCAAAAUUCUACUCGACCGCGGUGCCACACUGCCGAUGCCGCAUGACGUACGGUGUGGCUGUGACGAGUGCGUUACCUCCAGCGAGCAGGACUCUCUGCGCCACUCGCAGUCACGUAUCAACGCGUACAAGGCGCUGUCGUCCAGCUCCCUGAUAGCACUCAGCUCAAAGGAUCCCAUUUCGACCGCGUUCCAUCUGUCGUGGGAGUUGCGACGCCUCAGCCGUAUGGAGACGGAAUUUCGGGCCGAGUACACGCAAAUGCGUCUAUCGGUGCAGGAGUUUGCGACGGCUCUACUCGACCAUGCCCGCACCUCGAACGAGCUAGAGAUCAUGCUCAACUAUAGUCCCGGUGCGGUAGAUAACUGGGAACCGGGCGAACGGCAAACUUUGGAGCGAUUGAAGCUUGCCCUUAACCACAAGCAAAAGAUGUUUGUCGCACAUCCCAACGUACAGCAGCUGUUGGCGGCCAUCUGGUACGAGGGCUUACCAGGCUUUCGGCGCAAAUCGAUCGUCGGACAGAUCAUGCAGGUGGCCAAGCUGGGCACUAUGUUUCCUGUGUACAGCAUGAUCUACAUGAUAGCGCCGAACUCGCACAUGGGUCUGUUUAUGAAGAAACCUUUCGUGAAGUUUAUCGUCCAUUCUGCUAGCUAUGCGUUCUUUCUAAUGCUGCUUGGUGGUGCAUCGCAACGGGUUGAAUAUCUUGCUAUCGAAUGGUUUGGACCGGACUGGGCCCAGGACAUACUGGCGGAAUGGAAGCGCAAGGAGCGUGGCUCACUGCCCGGGAUGUUCGAGUGUCUAGUGAUACUCUACAUCAUAAGUUUGAUAUGGCAUGAGAUGAAAUCACUUUGGAACGAUGGACUAAUGGAGUACGUGUCCGAUCUUUGGAACAUCGUCGACUUCAUCUCGAACACGUUCUACAUCGUGUGGAUGAGUUUGCGCUUCACCUCCUGGUACACGGUUUGGCGCGACGCUAAAGCAGGCCUGAAUCCUUGGUAUCCGCGCGAACAGUGGGACCCGUUCGAUCCGAUGCUACUGUCCGAGGGUGCGUUCGCUGCCGGCAUGAUCUUCUCCUUCCUGAAGCUCGUGCACAUCUUCUCGAUCAAUCCCCAUCUUGGGCCGCUGCAGGUAUCGCUCGGCCGUAUGAUUAUCGACAUCAUCAAGUUCUUCUUCAUCUACACGCUGGUACUGUUCGCGUUCGGCUGUGGGCUGAACCAGCUGCUCUGGUACUAUGCGGUGCUGGAGAAAAACAAGUGCUACCAUCUGCCGAGCGGAUUGCCGGACUUUGAUAAUAAUGAGAAGGCUUGCGCUAUAUGGAGACGGUUUGCCAACCUGUUCGAAACGUCCCAGUCGCUGUUCUGGGCCUCGUUCGGGCUGGUCGAUCUGAUGGCGUUCGAGCUGAGCGGCAUCAAGAGCUUUACGCGCUUCUGGGCGCUGCUAAUGUUCGGUUCGUACAGUGUGAUCAACAUCAUCGUGCUGCUGAAUAUGCUGAUUGCCAUGAUGAGCAACUCCUACCAAAUCAUUUCCGAGCGUUCCGAUACGGAGUGGAAGUUUGCCCGGUCACGCUUGUGGAUGAGCUACUUUGAGGAUGGUGAUACGCUACCGCCACCAUUCAAUCUAUUCCCGUCAAUCAAAAACUUUACCAACCUAUGCAAAUGUUCCAAUGACAAGCGGUCCACAACGAGCAUUAUUAAACGGAAUCGCGAAAAAGCCCAAAGGCGGCACGAGAACGUCAUGAAAUUGCUUGUGCGGCGUUACGUUACCGCCGAGCAGCGGAAGCGUGAUGACUUCGGUAUCACCGAGGACGACGUGAUGGAGAUCCGGCAGGACAUUAGUACGCUGCGGUACGAGCUUAUCGAUAUACUGCACCAGAACGGCAUGCGAACACCGAACCUGAAGCCGAACGAGAAUGCUAUUGCUGGCAAGAAGGGUCGCGUCAUGGAACGACGAAUACUGAAGGACUUCCAGAUUGGUUUCGUGGAAGGUAUACUGCAAGAUACGUUCAGCUCACCGACCGAAAAACCGGCGGAUGUCUUUAGCACCAUCGCAAAGGCAAUUGGCAAUAAGUCGAGCACGAAGAAAAAGAAGCCGGAGGAUUGGAAUGCAUUGGUACGCCGCAGCACGGUUGCUCGUGAUCCUAUCGGCAACUCGACGGAAGCUAUCAUGCGCCGCAGCCGGCAAAGUUUGCGCAAGCAGAUCCUCGACAACUCGAACAAGGGUCUCGAGAUGGAUACGGACCAUUUGGUCGAGUACAAUCCGAAGCUGUCGGAGGUAACGCCGGUAACGCGCGUUGCGUACGUCAAGUUUAUGACCACUAAGAUGAAGAAGGAUGCGGCAGACGUCGCUGCUGGUGGCAGUGAGACAACCUCGUUCGAGAACGAGCGGCGCCAAUCGUGGAAGCGUAGCUCACUGAAGAAUUUGGUCGAUAUGAAGGACAAGAUAAGCACUCUUGAUGGUAGUGGAGAUGGUGAGCAGCCACCAGCAAAGCAAUCGGAGGGCGAUGAUGCACCAAAGGCAACGGUAACUGUCGAGGAACCGAAGCCGGACGAAUCCGAUUCACCACAGCACCAGCCGGUGGAAGAGGUGCGAGCAGUCGAGCAGCGACCGAAGGUACGUGUCCGAUCGCCCAUUAUCGAGGAUCCCAAUGAGGAGCGUUCGGACACACCGGCCUGUGCCAGUCCACCGCCACCGGCGGAACCGAUCCCGGAGCGCCCAGUGUCACCGAUUCCACCACACAGCCCGCCCCUGGAUCGUCAUCCCGUGCCGGAGUUGGAGGAACCAUCACCACCAACACCGAAGCGUGGGGAGAAAGAAGCCGCUGCAAAGUCCGCGCCCGAAGACACACUCUCGCCCACGGGAUCGACCAAGUCGACGGAAUCGCGCCGGAAGGUGGUAUCACCAUCGGCCAAACCACCGGAACGGCUCACGCUCAGCCCAACUCCUACGGGCACCGAAGAUACGCCCGGACCGGCCGCAUCGCCCUCCAAUCGUGGCAAAUCUAAGAGUACGGGCCGUAACCUGGGCGGCUGGAUCUAG